UUUACAUCAAAUGUUGAAAUAGUAACACAGCAAAAUACGUAGUUACGUAUUUUCUAGAUGCAUUGUUAAUGCAUUGGCUCCUUCCCCUACGGCCCGCCCCGCUGCGGCCUCGCCUGCAGGCCUGGCUGUAACUUCAACCUUUUCCUCUGGGCCUGGCCCCACCUUCCUCGCCGCCCCCGAGAGUGGGCCCCACCACUUGCCCGUAGACUGGCCCACAGGCCUGGCUCUAACCUCGACCUUGUCCUCUGGGCCUACUUCUGCCUGCAGCCCCCGCGCUGAGCCCACCCUAACGUCCUCCGCAGCCAAGCAGGAGAAAACUAGAAUUUUUCUGCCUCGAGGAGGUCUUACAUGGCAGAAACGCUAGUACCAAAACCCCGCCCGGCCCGUGGCGGAGAGCUGAAAUGACGUCAGCGGGGCGCCCUUCGUUCUGUGACGGCAGCUGUGAGCGCCUGAGAGUGUUUUUGCCUUUCAGAGUUAGGGCCUCUCUAUCGUUGCAGGAAAAUAAUUUCCGCCUUUUGCAUCCACGUUGGCUCCGUCCCCAGGGUCCUUCCGGUUCAGGGACCUGGCGAUUUCUGAGUUGGGAAUCCCAGUAACCCUGUUUAAAGAGGAAUGGAGAUUGCCACUGUCCAUUUAGAUUAAUGAGGUGUCCUGAAGUGAUGUUGACAUCAAUGAAAGGAGGGUUCUGGCACAUUCUUACCUCACAGGAUGGCAGGUGUUGAUUUGCCCCAUGGACAUUAUCUUUCUGGGGACCCAGUUUGCCUUCAUGAAGAAAAGACGCCAGCAGGAAGGAUAGUGUCUGACUGCCUAACAGGUUAUCAGGAUUCAGUGACCUUCGACGAUGUGGCUGUGGACUUCACCCAGGAGGAGUGGACUUUACUGGACCCAACUCAGAGAAGCCUCUACAGUGACGUGAUGCUGGAGAACUACAAGAACCUGGCCACAGUGGGAGGUCAGAUCAUCAAACCCAGUCUGAUCUCUUGGUUGGAACAAGAAGAGUCAAAGACAGUUCGGGGAGGAGUUCUCCAAGGAUGGGAAAUGCAACUUGAAACCCAGUGGUCUACACUUCAGCAGGACUUUUUGACAGGUCAGACAUCCAUCGGGAUACAAUUGGAAGGAAAACACAAUGGAGGGGAACUCUGUGACUGUGAGCAAUGUGGAGAAGUCUUCAGUGAACACGCAUGCCUUAAGACGCACAUGAGAACUCAAAGUACAGGGAACACUCAUGACUGUAAUCAGUAUGGAAAAGAUUUCCUUACUCUGCAUGAGAAAACCUCUACUGGUGAGAAGUUUAAUCAGAGUGAAAAAAUCUUCAGCCUGACACCAAAUACGGUAUACCAGAGAACUAGCGCACAAGAAAAGUCAUUUGGAUGUAGUCGCUGUGGAAAAUCCUUCAUUAAGGAGUCAUACCUUCAGGCACAUAUGAGAACUCACAAUGGAGAAAAACUCUAUGAAUGGAGGGAUUAUGGGCCAGGUUUUAUUGACUCCACAAGCCUUUCUGUGCUUAUAGAAACCCUCAAUGCAAAAAAGCCCUACAAAUGUAAGGAAUGUGGAAAAGGCUAUAGGUACCCAGCCUACCUCAGUAUUCACAUGCGAACCCACACUGGGGAGAAACCAUAUGAAUGUAAGGAAUGUGGGAAAGCCUUCAAUUAUUCCAAUUCAUUUCAGAUACAUGGAAGAACUCACACUGGAGAGAAACCCUAUGUAUGUAAGGAAUGUGGGAAAGCCUUCACUCAGUACUCGGGCCUUAGUAUGCAUGUACGAUCUCACAGUGGAGACAAGCCCUACGAAUGUAAGGAAUGUGGGAAAUCUUUCCUUACAUCUUCACGCCUUAUUCAACAUAUAAGAACUCACACUGGAGAGAAACCUUUUGUAUGUGUUGAAUGUGGGAAAGCCUUUGCAGUUUCCUCAAAUCUUAGUGGACAUUUGAGAACUCACACUGAAGAGAAGGCCUGUGAGUGUAAGAUAUGCGGGAAGGUAUUUGGAUAUCCCUCAUGUCUUAAUAAUCACAUGCGAACGCACAGUGCCCAGAAACCAUACACCUGUAAGGAAUGUGGGAAGGCUUUUAACUAUUCCACCCACCUUAAAAUUCACAUGAGAAUCCACACUGGAGAAAAACCCUACGAGUGUAAACAGUGUGGAAAGGCCUUCAGCCAUUCCAGUUCAUUUCAAAUACAUGGAAGGACUCACACCGGAGAGAAACCCUAUGAAUGUAAGGAGUGUGGGAAAGCCUUCACGUGUUCCAGUUCCUUUAGAAUUCAUGAAAAAACUCACACAGAAGAGAAACCCUAUAAAUGUCAGCAGUGCGGGAAAGCUUACAGUCAUCCCCGUUCACUUCGAAGACAUGAACAAAUUCACUAGUGAGAAACUCUGUCCAUGUAAUACAUGUGGGAAAGCUCUCAUUUGUUCCAGUUCACUUCAAAGACAUGAAUGAAUGAGCUCUGGAGAGAAGAAAGUCUACGAAAAUUAUUUAAUUCCUGUAAUGCCAGCACUUUGGGAGGCUGAGGUGGGCGGAUCACUUGAGGUCAGGAGUUUGAGUCCAACCUGGCGAAACCCUGGCUCUACUAAAAAUAUAAAAAAUUUAGCCAGGCGUGGUGGGUGCCUGUAAUCCCAGUUACUUGGGAGGCUGAGGCAAGAGAAUCGCUUGAACCCAGGAAGCAGAGGUUGCAGUGAGCAGAGAUCGUGCCACUGCACUCCAGCCUGGGCGACGAGACUCUGUCUCAAAAAAAAAAAAAUUUAUUUGAUUAAAUUGAGUCUGUUAGGGUACAUCCCUAAUCCAAUAUGACUGGUGUCCCUAUAAGAAGAGAAAGACACAACUGGGAUGACAAAUAGAGAAGAUGAUGUGAAGUCAUCAGAUGAUAGCCAUCUGCAAGCCAGAGGGCCAGGACAGAUCCUUCUGUCAAGGCCACCAACCCUGCUGGCACCUUCAUCUUGGGCUUCCAGAACUUUGAACAAAUAAACUUCUCUUGUGUGAGCCACCCAGUCUGUGGUGUUUUGUUGUGGCGGCUCUAGCAAGUGAAUACAGUAAGCAAUAAGCAAAAACGUUUAUAGAUUGUCCAAAAGCCUUAAUAUUCACAUGCAAAGCCAUGCUGGAGAGAAACUAUAUGAAUGUAAGACAUGGGAAAGCCUUCAUUCAGUCUUCAGUCCUUUGUACAUACAGGAGGAAUUACAUAGGAGAGAAAUUAUAUGAAUGUAAGACAUGGGAAACCCUUCAUUGAGUCUUCAGUCCUUUCUACAUACAGGAGGAAUUACAUAGGAGAGAAAUUAUAUGAAUGUAAGACAUGGGAAAC